AUGACGUUUCAUAGUUUGGCCAACACAUAUGCCUUUGAAGCCUACAGGGUCGGUGGAAGUCACUAUGAACAAGACCGUAGUGCACUUAAAAAAAGGGAAUGGGAGCGGAGGAAUCAAGAAGUCCAACAAGAAGAUGAUCUCUUUUCUUCAGGCUUUGAUCUUUUUGGGGAGCCCUACAAGACAAACAAAGGUGAUGCACUUGCCAACCGAGUCCAGAACACGCUUGGAAACUAUGAUGAAAUGAAGGAUUUGCUAACUAAUCAUUCUAAUCAGAAUCAUCUAGUGGGAAUCCCAAAGAAUUCUGUGCCCCAGACUCCCAUCAACAAAAAUGAACCAACCUUUUUUCCAGAACAAAAGAACCGAAUGAUCCCUCCGCACCAGGAUAAUACCCACCUCUCGACACCAAUGCCUCCACCUUCUGUCGUGAUACUGAAUUCAACUCUAAUACACAGCAACAGAAAAUCAAAACCUGAGUGGCCACGAGACUGUCAUAACACAAGCACUGUACCAGCAAGCCAGGCCAGCAGUCAGCCAAACAAGAUGCAGACUUCCACACAGGACCAGCCUCAAGCCAGACUAGAAGACUUCUUUGUCUACCCUGCUGAAGAGCCCCAAAUUGGAGCAGUCGAAGAGUCUAACCUAUCUGCAAAGGAAGACAGCAACCCUAAGCCAAGUGGAGAAGAUGCUUUUAAAGAAAUAUUUCAAUCCAACUCACCAGAAGAAUCUGAAUUUACAGUGCAAGCUCCUGGAUCUCCCUUAGUUGCUUCCUCCUUGUUAGCUCCCAGCAGUGGCCUUUCCGUUCAAAACUUCCCACCAGGGAUUUACUGCAAAACAAGCAUGGGGCAGCAAAAGCCAACGGCAUAUGUAAGACCCAUGGAUGGCCAAGAUCAGGCACCAGACAUCUCUCCAACGCUGAAGCCUUCAAUCGAAUUUGAGAACAGCUUUGGGAAUCUGUCAUUUGGAUCACUCUUGGAUGGAAAACCCAGUGCAGCCAAUUCAAAGACUAAACUGCCAAAGUUCACGAUUCUCCAAACAAGUGAAGUAAGCCUACCCAGUGAUCCAAGCUGUGUUGAGGAAAUCUUACGGGAGAUGACCCAUUCCUGGCCUACUCUCACUGCCAUGCAUACUCCUGGAAACUCUGAGCAGAACACAUUUUCCAUCCCAGGACAGGAAUCCCAACAUCUGACCCCAGGAUUCACCUUACAAAAGUGGAGUGACCCGACCAGCAGAGCUUCUACAAAGAUGCUUGAGGAUGACCUGAAGCUGAGCAGUGAUGAAGAUGACCUUGAGCCUGUGAAGACCUUGACCACUCACUGCACUGCCACUGAGCUCUACCAGGCUGUUGAAAAGGCAAAACCUAAGAAUAAUCCUGUAAACUCACCCUUGGCCACACCCCAGCCCCCACCUGCAGUGCAAGCCAGUGGGGGUUCUGGAAGCUCCAGCGAGUCAGAGAGCAGCUCCGAGUCGGACUCAGACACUGAAAGCAGCACCACUGACAGUGAAUCCAAUGAGGCACCUCGCGUGGCCACUCCAGAGCCUGAGCCACCCUCAACCAACAAGUGGCAACUGGAUAAAUGGCUUAACAAAGUGACAUCCCAGAACAAGUCAUUUAUUUGUGGCCAAAAUGAAACACCCAUGGAGACAAUUUCUCUGCCUCCUCCAAUCAUCCAGCCAAUGGAAGUCCAGAUCAAAACGAAGGCAAACCCCAGCCAGGUUCUGGUUGAACCCAAAGAAAGGCCUCUCCUCAGUCUCAUUAGGGAGAAAGCCCGUCCUCGGCCCACUCAGAAAACUCCAGAAACAAAGGCUUUGAAGCAUAAGUUGUCAGCAACUCUUGUGACAGCUUCUCAAAGGACAAUUGGGAAAAAACAGCCCAAAAAGAUUGAGAAGAACACUAGCAUUGACGAGUUUACCUGGCCCAAACCAAAUAUUACCAGCAGCACUCCCAAAGACAAAGAAAGCAUGGAGCUUCCUGACCCACCAAGAGGCCGCAGCAAAGCCACUGCUCACAAGCCAGUCCCGAGGAAAGAGCCAAGGCCUAACAUUCCCUCAGCUGCUGAGAAGAAGAAGUCCAGAGGGCCUGGCAAGAUCGUGCCAAAGUCCCGGGAAUUCAUCGAGACAGAUUCGUCUACAUCUGACUCCAGCACAGAUCAGGAAGAGACCCUGCAGAUAAAAGUGCUGCCUCCUUGCAUUGCUCCUGGAGGUAAUACUGCCAAAUCUAAGGAAACCUCUGGUGUCAACCUGACCCUCAGCACCUUACUCAGCAGUGGUGGCAACAACUUAGCCAUCAGCAAUGAGGAGCCAGCUUUUUCAUCCAUUCCUGUUGGGCAAACUGAGCUGCUGUCUCCUCUACGAGAUCACGAGAAUCCGAAAAACCUCUGGGUGAAGAUUGACCUUGACUUACUCUCUAGAGUACCUGGCCACAACUCACUCCCUGCAGCACCUGCCAAGCCAGACCACAAGGAAACUGCCUCAAAGCCCAAGCGACAGACUACGGCCACAGCUGUGGAAAAACCAGCCCCCAAGGGCAAGCGUAAGCACAAGCCAACAGAAGUUGCAGAGAAAAUCCCUGAGAAGAAGCAGCGACUGGAGGAGGCCACAACUAUCUGCUUGCUUCCCCCUUGCAUCUCACCAGCCCCACCCCACAAGCCUCCCAACACUAGAGAAAAUAAUUCAUCCAGGAGAGCAAAUAGAAGAAAAGAAGAAAAACUGUUUCCUCCCCCACUUUCCCCACUGCCAGAGGACCCUCCACGCCGCAGAAAUAUCAGUGGCAAUAAUGGUCCCUUCAGUCAGGACAAAAACUUCUCCACAACCGGACAAAUCACUUCUACCAAACCUAAGAGAAGCGAAGGAAAAUUCUGUGCUACUUUCAAAGGGAUAUCUGUAAAUGAGGGAGACACUCCAAAAAAGGCAACCUCUGCCACCGUGACUGUCACCAACACUGCUAUUGCCACUGCCACUGUCACUGUUCCUGCCAUUGUUACUGCCACUGCCACCUCCACGGCCACCACCACAACCACUACCACUACAAUUUCCACCAUCACCUCUACUUUCACUACUGGCCUCAUGGAUAGCAGUCACCUGGAGAUGACAUCCUGGGCAGCCCUGCCCCUACUAUCCAGCAGCAGCACUAAUGUCCGGAGACCCAAGCUCACUUUUGAUGACUCGGUCCACAAUGCUGAUUAUUACAUGCAAGAGGCUAAGAAGCUGAAGCACAAAGCUGACGCACUGUUCGAGAAGUUUGGCAAAGCCGUGAAUUACGCUGAUGCUGCCCUCUCCUUCACUGAAUGUGGCAAUGCCAUGGAACGUGACCCUCUGGAAGCAAAGUCCCCAUACACCAUGUACUCCGAGACUGUGGAGCUCCUCAGGUAUGCGAUGAGGCUGAAGAACUUUGCAAGCCCCUUGGCUUCGGAUGGGGACAAAAAGCUAGCAGUGUUAUGCUACCGAUGCUUAUCACUUCUCUACUUGAGGAUGUUUAAACUGAAGAAGGACCAUGCUAUGAAGUACUCCAGAUCACUGAUGGAAUAUUUUAAGCAAAAUGCUUCAAAAGUCGCUCAGAUACCAUCUCCAUGGGUAGGCAAUGGAAAGAACACUCCAUCCCCAGUGUCUCUCAACAACGUCUCCCCCAUCAAUGCAAUGGGGAACUGUAACAACGGCCCAGUCACCAUCCCCCAGCGCAUUCACCAUAUGGCCGCUAGCCAUGUCAACAUCACUAGCAAUGUGUUACGGGGCUAUGAACACUGGGACAUGGCCGACAAACUGACAAGAGAGAACAAAGAAUUCUUUGGCGAUCUGGACACGUUGAUGGGGCCUCUGACCCAGCACAGCAGCAUGACCAACCUUGUCCGCUACGUUCGCCAGGGACUGUGUUGGCUGCGCAUCGACGCCCAUUUGUUGUAG